GGUGUGUGUUUUGUGACCAGACUAUCUGAUAUAGGCGUAGCACGGAGGAUGAUGGCGCGUCUCAGCGAGUCUCAAAUCUCAACAUAUGUUGUGGUGAACGCCCUACCACGAGCUGCCCUGGUGGAAUGGCAAACUUGGGCUUGUGUUGAAAAUGAUAAAUUUGAAUAUGAAGAGAAAGGCUACACCAGAGGAAAUGUUAGUGUAAGGUUAAGACGCAGGUGGUACCAUGACAACUCAGUGUGUGCCAUCAACACAACAGCCAGUUGCAUUUCACCAAAGGACUUGAAUUGUGAGAUGCUGCAGGAAGUUAUCCAAUAUACAGUUACAAAAGCUGAUACUACAAUGCCCUUUGGAAUCACAAUCUAUUAUUGUAAUGGGGUCUUGUCUCAAACUCUACUGAAACAAGCUAUAGCACAGUCAGUGCCUCAGGCACUAGCUACAGUAUCAUUAGUGCCAGUGUUGGCUGUGGAGGAAAAUCAUACUCUUCUGGCUGUAACUGCUACACGCUAUUGAUUAUAUCCAUUGUUAGGCAGUUACCUGUGGUGCAUUCAGUCACAAAUUUGGAUUUUAUAACUAAAGUAUGCAUAGAAAAGUAUAUCGUAGGUCAUUUUGUUUAAUGCGUCAACUAUUUUGGAAAUAUUGUAAUGUAACAUUUUUUACACUACUGUGCAACAUAACCUAAUUUUUCUGGUUAAUUACCCUUCAGCAGUUGGUACUCAUAAUUCAGAGUGAGUUAAGAGGGGAUCCUUCAGUCCUUAGAUAGAGCCCCCAGUGUCAGCAUGUGUUAAUCUGUUAAUACUAAGAGUAAACCGUUACCCUUCCCUGUCCCAUGUAUCAGCAACUGUAAAUCAGGGGAACAUGUUACAGCAAUUGUCCCCGAGUGCUAUAGGUCUGGUUAAAGCAUUGACUGCCCAAUUCGGUAUUCCCUUCUAUGAAUUAACGUGCAAAUCUGAACAAACCUGUGCCGAGACAACAGAUCACAGUUCACAAUGAUCAACUCCUCAAAGGCUAAGUAUCUGACAACUUUCAGUAUACUCAGGGAUGUUUCAACUGUUUCUGUGGGUCUGUGUUUUAACAUAAACUCUCGUCUUCAUUUAUUGGCUCAUAAGGCUUGUGUCCGUUCUUACCUCUCUUUGUGAAUCUCUGCAGGUGUGUCAGUAUUGGUCGUCUUCAUCACGAGAGUUUGACGGCCAUUUUUUGCACAAACACUGUACCUCAGUCCAGAGUUUGGGGAUUUAUUUUUUCCUCUGGAUUUCUUGAGGGAAUUUGAGGUCCUCUAGUAUUUAGUGUGUCUAAACUGCUCAACUUUCAUAAGUAUUCAUACUGUAGACCUUUCACAUUCCUGGGUGAUAUUAUGGUCCUGGUCUUGACAUUUAAUACUGUACUGUAUAUCCACUUUAGUUCAGCAUUUUCAGCUAAUUCCGGGUCAUUAAAACCUACGAAGAUGAGAAUGGUGUCCUUCCUGUUCAAGAUCCUUUAUUUCAGAGUAAGAUUAACUGAGAUCGUAACAAAAUUGUCUGAACUAGUGCUGGGGUUAUUUUAUAGUAGGAGAUCCAAAAAGUCAGAAUUUUUUAGGAGUAAGUUUACAGAACUAGGUAGAGGAGGAUAUCAGAACUUCCUUUGAAGAAAGUUAGCUAUUUGUAAAUUAUGGUGUUAGUGUGACUUGGGGGAAGAUAGUUGGUUUGUUUUACCUGCAAUACUAGGUGUUCUUUUUUAGGAGACUUGAUAGAGUUUAGGCUUCACCAAGUUGUGAAAGCUGGGGAUUUAAUUAUAUCUUCUUUGUGGAAGUUUAGUUUUGUAUUGAACUGGUGGAGAAGUAAAGUGUGGUGGUUUCAGUGUGGUUGAGCAGUACAGUACUCAUUUCACCUGGCUAGGGGGGUCUUACUCCUCAAAGUAAUGUUGAUGAGAGGUGUUACCUUCCUGGUUUCCAAAACCUCAAAUUGUGUUGAUGAGUUUCUGAUCCUUCUAGUCUUCCCUUUUCAUGAGUUAACAAGAUCAUAACAUGUUCUUUACUGGGAUUCUCUAGAUCUCUUACUGUCAAAUAAUUAGGGAUAUCUUGACUACUUUUGUGUUGCAGCAAUUAAACAAGUUUCCAAGCUUUUAAACAUUAUGCAGAUCCAUUACUUUAAGGAAGAGGUAUGGCACUCUUAGUGGGUGAACAUUGACAAGGCCCUCCUGAGAUUUGUUCUUGAGGAGAGCGGGUUGGCCCUUGGGGGUAGUGGUUGGUAACCACACUACCAAUGACUGAGUCGACUUUUACUUCAGGAAGACAUAUUUGGGAAGUUUUGACAACUGAAUGAAUGUGGAAGAACUAAUGGUCAUAAGUUUGUGUUUUCUGAUAGAAAACUUAAAUGGACUCCACCUAGUUGGUCAAAGUCUUAAAGAAUUGUGACAAUGGAUUACCAUUUGUAAUUGUCUCUCAUUCUAGAGAUGGCUGUUUUACGCUCUUGGUCUCGUACAUUGAACUGACUGUGAAUGGGCAAAUGGCUUAAGGAGUACUGUACUGUAUAUGGAUUCCCAGUUGGGGAGUAUGUAGCUCUAGUGCCAACCCCUCUAACCUCUUGAUGUGUAGGAUCCAUGGUGGUUGGUGUGAUGUGUCCACUUUAAUCCUAACUACCUGUCUAGUGUAUGGGAUUCAGGUUGACAUAAUUUGGUCUCUUCCCCUUCUUCUUUUUUUCAAUUUUAACUCACUAGUCAGUAGGAAACAACUUCCUACUCUUCAUAAAUUUGCUUUCAGGGUGGACAUAUUUUAUUUUGUUUUGUGAAGUAAUAGAUCACAAGAUUUUUAGUUGUCUGGAAUCCUCUUGGGUUCUUCACUGUUCAUCUGUCUCUAACAGGCUCACAGGAAGUAAUAUAAUAUUAGAGCGGUAAAACACUGAAGCAGAACUACUGUAUAUAUGAUGUGAUUAAAGGGUCACUCAA